GUUUUCAUUGCAAUACAUUUUUACAUUAUUCCCAUGCUCUCAUUAUUCAGUUUAUCAAUACAUUCAUUUUAUUCUCCUAAGUAAUCGUGUAUAAUACUUAUUCAGUUUAUUAUCAAAACUGUCGAGGUCUCAGAACUAAAACAAAUACUUUAUAUAUGAAUAUUUUAUCGCAAAAUUACGACGUAAUUAUUUUAACAGAAACAUUGUUAUGUCCCGACAUAUCGAAUAACGAAUUUAUAGACAGUCGAUACGUAGUUUUUAGAAGUGACAGGGACCGAGCGGGCAGCGGCCGCGGCGUCGGCGGCGGCGUGCUGGUGGCCGUGCUGCGCGAGCUCGGCGCCGCCGUGUGCGCCCCGCCGCCCGCGCCGCCGGGCCGGUCGACAACUUCUCCGCUCGUUGAUAACAUUGUCGUUUCUCUACCGAUUAGCGCUCAUCAUAAACACAUUAUAAGUGUGGUAUACAUUCCCCCCCGACAACCGGCCAUAACAUAUGAAACUCACUUCGAACAACUCCAGAACAUACUUUUAAAAUCAAACAUAAAAAGUUAUUGGAUUGUAGGCGAUUACAAUUUUUCAUCUUUAGUUUGGAAAACAUGUGGUAAUUUUUCAACUUUGUGUCCGGGUGAACGUGAAUCUAAUCACCAAAAUUGUCUUAAUGAUUUUAUUUCUUUAUUUAAUCUCACACAAUAUAACGUAUUUCCUAACACGCGCGGCAAAAUCCUAGACUUAUUUCUAUCAAACAACACUGAGUGCAUAAGCGCACCUGCCCCCAUCGCACUCGUUCCCCCGGCCGCCCAUCAUCCUCCAUUCUACGUAGUCAUGACCCUACCUAAGACUCAUAAUAAAACAUUAUUUCCCAAACCGACAUACAGGUAUUGCUUCAAUAAAGCCGAUUAUACCACAAUUAAUAACGAUAUUCAUAUGAUUCCAUGGUCAAACCUACUUAUAAAUCUAUCCGCUGAGCGUGCCGUGGAAAUGUUUUACGAACUCAUUUACAAAAUCAAAAAAGAUCGCGUGCCUUAUAAGAAAACACACUCAGAUAAAUUCCCUUGCUGGUUCUCACCUGCAUUAAUUCAUAUAUUUAAAAACAAAAACAAAGCAUGGGUCAAAUGGAAGAAGUACCACAAUCUGAUAGAUUAUGAAACAUUUUCAAAACUUAGGGACAGGUUUAAGACCGAGGCUGCUAAUUGUUACAAAUCCUAUCUUGGACGGGUGGAAGAUAGUAUACCUGCCAAUAUAAAAUACUUUUGGAGCUAUAUUUCUAAUCGCAACCACUCGUCUGAUAUACCUUGCACCAUGAAUUAUCAAAACAUAAGUUCUGAUAAUAAAACACAUAUAUGUAACAUGUUUUCUACUUUUUUCCAAUCAGUCUACCAGCCCUCCACUAUACCUAAAGACUUUUAUGUGUCCGAGAAUAACCCAUCUUCUAAUAUUAAUAUCCACAGUUUACACAUUCCAUCUAGACUUAUCUCACACGAAUUAAAUCAUCUUGAUUUAUCAAAAGGACAAGGUCCCGAUGACAUCCCUCCCAUAUUUCUCAAAAACACAGUAAAAACUAUAACUGCACCUCUAACUAUUUUAUUUAAUAAGUGUUUAAGCGAGGGCGUGUUCCCUUCUAUCUGGAAAACAGCUAACAUAAUUCCAGUACAUAAAGGUGGUUCCAAAAAUAAUGUUGAAAAUUACAGGCCCAUAUCAAUCUUAUCUACUCUGUCAAAGGUCUUCGAGAAGUUAGUACAUAAACUGAUUUACCCCAAUCUGCAUAAUCAAAUUAUUCCCUAUCAACAUGGUUUUGUUAGAAAUAGAUCAACAACCACAAAUCUUCUUAUUUACACUUCAUACUUAUUUGAAAGCAUCGACAACAAUACACAAGUAGAUAGUGUAUACACUGAUUUUCGGAAGGCCUUUGACAGGGUAGAUCAUCAAUUACUGCUGGAAAAGAUUGCUUAUAACGGUAAUAGGGGAAAUCUGUGGCGCUGGUUCAAGUCCUACAUAACUAAUCGAACCCAGAAAGUAACAAUAAACGGAUGUGAAUCUUAUGCUGUAAAAGUCAGUUCUGGCGUCCCACAGGGCUCAAUUCUGGGUCCCUUGUUAUUCACACUUUUUAUAAACGAUAUCAGUAAUUGUUUUAAAUUUUGUAACAUCUUAUUAUACGCAGAUGACUUAAAAAUUUAUCACACCAUUAGUAACGUAAAUGACUGUUAUAGAUUCGCUUCUCAAACUAUUGUUCUAUAAAUAAACUUGACUUAAACUUAGAUAAAUGCAAAAUCAUUAAAUUUUCAAAAAAAAAGAUCGAAUAUAAAUAACCUUUAUACUUUAUGUAACACUGAACUAGAAUUAGUUGAAUCUAUUAGGGACCUUGGAAUUAUACUCGACUCAAAGCUGCACCUUGACAUUCACAUAAAUCACAUCACAAGUAAA